AUGGGACAGAACGACUUCGCAAACAUUUUGACUCAGCCUUCCCUCUUAGCAAGAUCAAACCUCACAUGGAAUGAUUCCGUAUCCCAGGACAUCUCCAGAAAGGGGAGUUACUUUUGUUCGUAUACGGCAAACAUCCUCACCGUGACACAGCCACCAACCCCAUCCCCAAUCAAAAUAGCCCACCUAGGCCUCCGGACCAACAACCCAACCCCCCUAGUCUCCUUCUACAAACCCCUCCUCAACGCCCAUAUCGUCCUCCAAAACAACUACAUCUCCGUCCUGACGUGGGCCAAAGAUCACCGUCGCCUCGCGAUCUUCCACAGCCCCCUUCCAUCAACCCCAGCCUUCUCCUCCUCCUCCUCUAUUCCUACUGCCUCCUCCAACAACACGCCACCACCCACGGGACUCGACCACAUCGCCCUAAAAUUCGCUUCCCUCAACGACCUCGCCCGCAUGUAUCACGCAGGCAAGGCGGGUGGAAUCGAACCGCAUCUCUAUCUCGAUCACGGGGUGACGACAAGCAUGUACUACAAGGAUCCAGAUGGAAACUAGAUUGAGACGAUGGUGGAGAACUGUGACAACCCCGGGGAUGUGUGGAAGCAUAUGAACAAUUUGGAUCCGGGCAACACACGAGGUAUCAAGUUUAACCCGGAAGAGUUGCUGCGACUCUAAGUCCACAGAGGAUAUGGCACAGCUCAAUACGAGCAAGCGAACUGGGGGUAUGGGACAAUCAGCGAAGACUCUGUAUCGAGUCCCGAGGUCGCAGAGGUCAACCAGUCACUUCGCCAGGAUUAUUGGAGAGCGCAAACUCUUCG